AUGACUCCACCUGUACCCGAGUAUCAUACUGCAAUAGAAACACCCCAGUCAUCUGUACCCGAGUAUCAUACUGCAACAGAAACACCUCAGUCACCUGUACCCGAGUAUCAUACUGCAACAGAAACACCUCAGUCACCUGUACCCGAGUAUCAUACUGCAACAGAAACACCUCAGUCACCUGUACCCGAGUAUCAUACUGCAACAGAAACACCUCAGUCACCUGUACCCGAGUAUCAUACUGCAACAGAAACACCUCAGUCACCUGUACCCGAGUAUCAUACUGCAAUAGAAACACCUCAGUCACCUGUACCCGAGUAUCAUACUGCAAUAGAAACACCUCAGUCACCUGUACCCGAGUAUCAUACUGCAAUAGAAACACCUCAGUCACCUGUACCCGAGUAUCAUACUGCAAUAGAAACACCUCAGUCACCUGUACCCGAGUAUCAUACUGCAAUAGAAACACCUCAGUCACCUGUACCCGAGUAUCAUACUGCAACAGAAAAACCUCAGUCACCUGUACCCGAGUAUCAUACUGCAACAGAAACACCUCAGUCACCUGUACCCGAGUAUCAUACUGCAACAGAAACACCUCAGUCACCUGUACCCGAGUAUCAUACUGCAAUAGAAACACCUCAGUCACCUGUACCCGAGUAUCAUACUGCAACAGAAACACCUCAGUCACCUGUACCCGAGUAUCAUACUGCAACAGAAACACCUCAGUCACCUGUACCCGAGUAUCAUACUGCAAUAGAAACACCUCAGUCACCUGUACCCGAGUAUCAUACUGCAACAGAAACACCUCAGUCACCUGUACCCGAGUAUCAUACUGCAACAGAAACACCUCAGUCACCUGUACCCGAGUAUCAUACUGCAACAGAAACACCUCAGUCACCUGUACCCGAGUAUCAUACUGCAACAGAAACACCUCAGUCACCUGUACCCGAGUAUCAUACUGCAAUAGAAACACCUCAGUCACCUGUACCCGAGUAUCAUACUGCAAUAGAAACAUGCACUGAUAAAUGUAAAGGUAGCGAUAUCUAG